UGAGUAGUCGGGACUUCCUUGCGAAUUUAGCAUUGCGGCCUCUCCUGAAGGACACCUGUCUCAUACUGUUUUUGCAGGGGUCGUGUGUUAAAGGACCAUAAACUAUCCAACAUGGGAGGACAUGACGCCGGAACCCAGCACCAGUUCACUGGGUUUGCCAAGUACUUCAAUUCAUACACAAUCACAGGAAGGAGGAAUUGUGUUUUGGCUACAUAUGCCAGUCUAGUUGCCAUUGCCCUUUUCUUCAAAUUGAAGCCCAAGAAACAGGCCGCCGUCACAGAAAAGUGAUAAUGUGUCCAUUUGACCAUCAGAUCUAGCAGCUGGGAGUGGAGAGAGCUGUAUGUGCUUGUAAUAAAUAUGAGUGUUUGAUUUCCCUGUGUUAACAAUAAAGAACAUUUAUGCCCAAACA